GGUUUUUGUGACAUUGCGGCGCCCUCCGCCUGACGCGUUCGGCAUGUACUUUACUCGGAUAUGUACUACUACUCACAGUGAUUGAUCGAAGGCUACCAGGGAGAAUGGCAGCUCGUCAGGUGCCAGCGUGUUUUCAUCCCAUUAUCCCGUUCUCUUCCCCAGACCUCGACCCAAAAAGCGAAUGGCUGCGGCAUCUUCUGCCAACCUCCGGCGAGGUCAUGGUCCUAUGAAGACGUCUUCCCAGAGACGUAUAGCGAGGGCGAGUAGUCGAUGGCUUUGAAGGAGGGCGGCCCUGUGGUCGCUGGCGGGGCCUUCUUGCCCGUGAUGCUAGAGUCUCCCGCAGCAGCCGUCAAGGCCUAAGGCGAAGGCUUGGAGGAGAUAAUGGAUGAAACCAAGCUGCUGGCUGCCAGGACCGGAUGCGAGCUUGUCUUCAUGGCGGCACAUCCGCUGGAUCAUUCUGGCCAUGGAGGCGACGAGCCUAUCCCACAUACCAGCUCAUUCUUUGCGCAAGCGUUUGACUCUGUCGACACUUACCCAGAGUACAACAGCCAAGAGGCGAACACUUAUCAGGCUGCGCAGAGGGAAACAGAGAAGCGUCUCGGGGAAGGUGAUGUGGAUGAGGUGAACGGGCGGAGGGAGAAAGGUAAGGGGAAAGAGAGCUAAGAAACCUAUAACGUACAGGUAUGUGUCGUUGCUUCACCUAUAGUCAGCUGUAAGGUCAAGCGUAUCU